AUGAGAUUCAUCGAGCUGAGAACGUGGAGUAAAGUGGAUGAAGAUUUGCAAAAAGAUGGCAGUCGCUCGCAGAGAGUGGGGCGUUGGUGGGCGGAUUUACGAGCACGACCGGCGUCGGCAUCAUCCACCGACAGCGACAGGAGUAGCGUUGGCAGCCCUGAACCAGUGGCAGCCAUCACCGGCACGCUCCAUGAACAUCAGAUGAUGAUGGAUGAAAUGAAGAACUCGCGGAAGAACAGCCCGUCGCCAGAAAAUCUGCCACAGGCGAAACGGGCCGCAGUGGCGCAAGCGCAUCUCAACGGGACGAUGGCAGGCAUGGUGACCCUGCAGAACCUUCAGAAUCUAGCGAAUCUGCAAAACCUGCCGCAAGUCGCGUCGCUGGCCGCGGGUCUCCAGGGAAUGACAGCGGGACUGACUAACAACCAGCUCAUCAACACGCCCCUGAAUCUCACUGUCAGCUCCUCCGGUGGCACGGUACCAACAGCCUCGAACACGACAGCUGCCCCUCAUCUUCUGCCGCCGAGUUCGACGCCAAUGGCGACAUUACCUCAGCUAUUAUCUCAGCCGCAACCGGUCGCGAUGCCUCAAUUCAUCCUAACGUCCGGUCAAUUGGUUCAAGGCAUUCAAGGGGCUCAGCUUCUUAUCCCUACGUCGCAAGGAAUCGCUACGCAAACUAUCCUGACUAUACCCGUCAGUCACGUCACGAAUAACCAAAUGGUGAACUUGGCGCUCAGCAACGGCCAGGUCGUGUCCACCACCCUGGCGAACCUUCAGUCCAUCGCGCAGCCACAGAACAUGCUGAACACGCCGACCAGCAACGGUGAAUUUACAGUUCCAACAAGUCCCAGCUUGGCGUCGGGACUGGGGCUGAGUCCCGCCGCGUUGCCGCACCUUCUCAGCAACAGCUCAGCCAGCCAGCAACUUCUGAGCGCGAUGCAGCCGCAGCAACUGCUUCAGGCCGCUCAGGCCGCUCAGGCACAGGCCGCGCAAGCGGUCCAGGCGGCUCAAGCGUCCCAGCAACCGCUUCUCACGACGUCUCCUCAACAUCACGCGCACCGGCACAUGAAUCAUUACACGCCGACGGAGAAACAUCACAGAGAGAGGCCCGAGCAAUCGUCGCCUUUGAACGAGUCCGUGGUGUCCGCGGCCUCGGCGCUCAACAGACUGGCGGCCAGCAACGGGGAAAUCACGAUCACGACCACGCACGGGCCCAGCGGCGCCGGGGUGAAGGCCUCGCCGAGCAGCAUGCACAAUCCGAAAAAGGAGGAUGAGGAUCUCAAUGAUUCGCCUAAUCAACCGACGAUCAACGAGGCGACGAACAACGUGGUCGAUGGGAUCAAUCUGGACGAGAUCAAGGAGUUCGCGAAGGUGUUCAAGUUUCGCAGACUGUCGCUGGGUCUGACGCAGACCCAGGUAGGACAGGCCCUGAGCGUGACGGAGGGGCCAGCUUACAGCCAAAGUGCCAUAUGCAGUGCCCUGGCUACCCAGAUGUACGCUGCCUCGCAGAUUGCCUCUCAGCAGCAAGCUACAUUCGAAAAGUUGGACAUCACGCCAAAGAGCGCGCAAAAGAUAAAACCGGUCCUCGAGAGGUGGAUGAAGGAGGCCGAAGAGAGGUGA